UUGUUUCCCAUUUUUAAUUAUCAAUAAAUCCACAGGGAGCUUAUGUUUUUCGGCACUAGUGGCCUUUAUAUUUUUUUAACAGUAGGUAGACAGGAAAGGGGGAGACAUUCGGUAAAUGUCGCCUGGUCCGGGACUCGAACCCGGGACAGCCGCUUCGGUAUGGUCGCGUGCUUCACCUCUACACCAUCAGCGCUUACGUUGCCCAUGAAGCAAGACAAUUAUUUCUCAUCAUAAUUUGUGGUUGUCCGGCUGAUUAUUUGUUUUUCCAGAAUCUUGGAGAACUGAGGUAGUAAUGAGACAGGUCUAGUUUAUCAGGAGUGUUUGUUCCCAGUUUUAUACAGCGGUGUAACUUUUGCUACUUUCAUUUUGUUUGAAAAUGUGCCACUUUGAAAAGAUAAGUUGCAUAUAUAUGUAAAUAAUAUGCAAGUUCCCUCAAUUACCUUUUUUUAGAACCAACAAAUCAAUAUCACAAUCAGCAGAUGAAAAACUUUAGAUUAUUUUUUUUCUCUCUCAUUGCUGUGAAGAACAAGUAAAUCAGAUUGACGGUAACUGAAUUCCAUCUAUAAACUCAACUUUCCACAAAUUGAUUUCCGCAGUUGGUAAGUCCUUCAUAUAGUCAGCUUGGUUUGGUUGGCUUUUCACCCUUAACAAAUCAUUGCUAUGAUUUUCUUACGGGUACAAAACUCUGGGGACACAAGUUUGACAAUCCAAUAAAUAUUUUAGUCACUAAAUACAUAUGUUCCUAUAUGUGUUAGCAUUAACAAUGGAUAUGUUAAAUUUAAAUUCAUCUAUAAUUAUUUCAGUUGGGUCAAACAUUAACUAUAAAAAUACAAUUAUGUUAAAUUAUGUUAUGCUCACUGUGAUAAUUUAAGCUAUAAUAGUUCAGCUCAACUGACACCGCAGCUUAACUUCGGACCAAUCACCUUCAGUUAAAGCUGUAUUAGCCCCACUCAGUUAAAAUCUUGAAAAAGUUUAGAUGAUUAUAUAAAAAACAUUUAAAAUAUAAAAACAGAUAUGUACAGAAAUGUAAUGAACAUCUGAUACAAUGACUGUUAAUAUGUUUUAUUUAGAAAAUACACUUAUGCUAGUAAUGUAAUGCACCAUCAUUUUAGGACAUGUUCGUUAUAAAUAAAGAAAAUAUUAUUUUUAUCGGAUGGUAAAUUCGAAAGAAGCCCAAAUAAUAACAUUGCUAUGUGUAAGAAAACCUUACAACGACGCUGGUUGAUUGGAUUACGAACAGACUUCAUGUCACGUGAAUCCAUCACCAUGGUUUCCAUGCCGCACAUGCUCUGUGACGGAACUCCUUUGAUGUCGAUGAUGUAACAAACACGUUUGAAGUCCAAAACAGUGGACCACUUGUGAGUUCUGCUCAGAACACUUUAACAAGCGUUCAUAGUCCUGCUGAUUACAGAAAGAUUUGAGAAAAUUUGACCUUUUUUUCAACUUUUUUCUGUAAACACAGUUUGUAUUAAUUUGAUUUCUAGACAAAGACCUACUCAGUCAUCACAAUAGUAGUUACACAGCCAGAAGGAAUCCAUAUUUUCAUAGUUUUUCAAAGAAAACUGCAUCUCUAAAUGGAAAAACUGCUCUACAGUAUCCCAAAAGACAAGUGGGACGACUUUGUUGCUGGUAGUGCUGCGAUACAGAAAAUAUGGUUGAAGGAACAUCUGCUUUUGGACAGUACCAAUUUCUUUUCUGCUCUGGUUUUGUCCAAAGUCCAGAGCCUGCCUGUCACACGCAAGGAUGUCAAAGCCAUUGUGGGUAACCAACUACCAGAAGCUCUUGCGAACGUCCUGGGAAGUACAGUGAUUUGUGAUUUAGAACCCAUUAAAAUGUUUAACAAAUUAGUUAUCAGAGAAGUGGCAAGCAAGAUCCAAUCCUCCACCAAUCAGGACAGUAUGAAGAAACAGUCUCUGGUCAGAAGAAGCAUGGAUAAACUAUUCCACGCGGUGGAUCGAGUUAGGGUGCUGGGACAUCAAACAGCUGUAGAUAAUGGCACAAAAGCAAAGAUUUGUAAACAGGAGAAUGUUCCGUCUACCAAUGCUGCACCACACACUUUGAGGGCACCAAGAAGAAAAGCAAAGGGUGCACCUGCGAUUUAUAAUAAAUACCGUGGAGGGAAACAAUGGUUAAAAGAGGGAGUGCCCAAGUUACCAACCAUCCCUGAAGCCACUCAGAUGGAGGAAAUGUUGGCUGAAAUCAACCAUUUUGGAUACAACAUCCAGACUUACAAUGAGUGCGAACAGUUUCCACACCUGUAUCAGAGGUCCUGUUAGCAGAUCUGCUAUGGAGGCGUCCAUCUGCAGCCGCAUUUCAGAGCUCAGAGGAACAGCCGACCUCAACGGCCUUCAUUUCGGGUCUGAAGCUGAAAACCUGGAUGGGACCAGAACUUCUUUACCUGGCUGGCGCUUUGGACUUAUAGGCUAAAUCUGUAGAGUUUGAGUGAUGCUUGUUUAAAUGUGUGUAAAUUAUCUUUGAGUUGUUUGCGGCGGCAUCUUCAGUAAGUUAAAUCAAGAGAAGUGGACAAAGAGGGGGUUGACCCGUUAAUGAUUUGUUUCUUCCUGCAGAGGGCUCAUGAUGUUUAUGUGUGAUUGUUUGCUAAAAAUAUUUUGCCUUUUUUCCCCCCCCAUUCUUGUAAUAUUUGAUCCUGUGGAUGCAAAUGUCAGAAGCCUUUGGUAUAAACUGAAAUAUGCAUGACUUCAUUUUCGUACACACCGUAACCUCCAGCCCUCUGUAAGAUACCCCUCUCAGCUCAAUGUUGCUGCAGUGCAUUGUUGCAGGUUCGUUUUGA